UACAGGAAAAUAUUUAGGUUCAAUUAACAAUUUAUGUUAUGAUACUGGAAGUUCUACUCAAUUGGUUUUUGUAGAUAAUUCAAAAUUUGGUCCAAAUUCUUUAUGGAAAAUUAGAUUUAAUAAUAGUAAUGAAUUGGCUACUUAUGGAAGUACUCGCAUAACUUUACGAUAUGACAAAUCAGAUAAGUUUCUUGGAAUAUAUUAUGGAUAUUACAAAUCUCCGUCAACUAAUCACACUGAAGUGGUUAUUUCAGUGAGUUGCAAUAAUAUGUCCAAUUAUUAUUGGGUUAAGGAUUGGGAGUUUAACCAUGCUAAAGUAGGAAAUUAUCAAGGCUUUUUAAAAUCGAAUGAUAUUAUCAAUCUACGUAUUAAGAAAUCCUAUGAUUUUAAUGGUAAUCUUAUUCCAAACGGACAAGUUGUAUAUUUACGUAGUCAUGAUAUUCAGUUUAAUGUUGGAAACGAUACUUUUCAAGAAGUUGUUUGUCAUAAUGAAAGAUUGGGAGGGAAUGAUGAAGUAAGUAAAUUAUAA